AUGGGCAAGAGGGCAGGUGACGCGGGGACCCCGUCGCCUGCGAAGAAGGCGGCGGCCGCGGCGGCCUCACCAGCCGCUGCCUUUGGCGCGCCGCCCGCCGCUGCCUCUGGCGCCCCGCCCGCCGCUGCCUCUGGCGCGCCGUCGGCCCUGUGCAUCGCGCAGCUCCUCGAGACGGACCACGCGUCGAUGCAGCAGGGUCACGUCAAGGAGUGGGUGCGCCAAGUGAAGCACCACGUCGACCAUAGUUUGCUCAGCUUCCUGGGGCAGCGCAAGCGCGAGGUGUCCUUCGCGGUGCCCGCCAAGUGUUCUUUGAUUCCGCCGUUGGCCAUCACUGAUGCCGCCUCUGGCGCAAACCUCAGUUCGUUUCGCGAGGUCAUGGACUACGACGACCUGGUUGCGAGCUUCUCCCGCGCCGAGGAGUGCGAGGCAGCGGGGGCGGUGUGGAUGUUGGGCCCGAUUUGCUCGGACAUCGACGACGUCGCCGUGAGCCAGCUCGAGGGUGCCAUGGGCGUGUGGUCGGAGGAGGCGUGCUCCCUCUCCUCCAAGCGCGCGCCCUCGCGGCGCCUCUCCUUCGACGUGCCUAUCCCCGCCUUGGUGGUCGACGUCAAGGUCGCCCGGCGGCUUGAGCCUAACAAGCCUGGAGUUUGCUUGACAGAGGCUCUGGCCAUGCUCGCGGGGCGCGCGGUGGUCGUCACGUGGUGUGCUGCUAUGGGCGAGGCGCUCCAGCAGUCCAACGAAGACCGCGUGUGGCAUCUGUUCAAUGCCGCGCUGUCCGUGCCCAUCAGGAUGCGCUUGCUGCCUGAUAGCGACGCGACCCGCUUGGCCGCUCUGGCAUUUUCAGAGACGAUGUUCUCUGCGUAUGAACCGGCGUCGAAGCUAGAGGCUGUGCUGAAGGCCUACGGCCUCCAGUUCAAAGGAAAAGCGCGCGCCGCUGCGACCGCCGCGUUGCUGAAAGUUCGGCUUUUCGCGCUGGCCGAAGUGUAUUUUCCAGAACUUCGCGACCCUGCGCUUCUCAUGAGGAUCGGCUUCGCCCGCUCCGCGAGGGCUGGUUCUGACGCCAAGGCCAGGGAAUUGCUCGUUUUCAUCGUGAACAGUUUCCGCGUGGCCCGCUUGGCGGGCGACGCCCCGAAGGGCGAGGAACUGGUCGUGAACCGGGUCGUCGGGCGCGAUGGGAAGACGCCAGGGGUGCUCCACGCGCUCUUCAAGAAAAAGGAGCUCGUCGAGUACAUCUUCCACGAGGCGUUUCGCAUGAACAAGGAAGUGGGGCGCGACGUGGCGGCAUUUAAGACGCCUCUCCACAUCCUCCAGAAGUUCGCUGCCUCUGGCGCGGAUGGGCUCGCGGCUUCGCACCGCGCGUCCGACUCAGGCGGCGGCGCCGACGGGGUGGAGACAUCGUUUGCGCUCCCCGUGGCUGAGCAUCGGAACGCCGUGGAUGUCAAGACGAAGGCGACGAUCGACGUCGCGUGGCCUCUGUGGUCGAGCGCUUUCGACGACGAAAUUGCCGAGCUUGCCCAGCAGGAGUUGCAGAACGGCGCCACUGGGUUCGUCUGGCACGCGUGCCUCACCGAGACCAGCCAGGGCGUUGGUGCCAAACACCGCGCCUUCGUGGCCGCGUGCGCGGGCGGGCCGAUCCCCGCCGACCCCGAUCUGGGUGCAAAUUUCGGCUUGUUGGGGAUGUCCGAGCUCGGGGGCGAGCAAAAGGCAGAGCUCCAGAAGCUCCAGGAGCAGCUCAAGCAGCUCCGCAGGAAAACUGUGAAGUUCGUCAGUUUGCCGUCUGUCGGCGGUGCCUCUGGCGCGGAGUACGCAGUGGCGCAGAUGCUGGGCUGGCGGGGUGCGCUCAGCCUCGGGCGCCGCUUCGGGAGGAAGAAGAACGACGUUCGCGCGUUCAUCCUCUCAGCGGACUUGUUCCCGCCCAACGUCGUCGAGCAAGGCGCCAAGGCGAGGAUGAACGAGCAGAUGGCGUGUGACGAGGCGAAGUUCAAGCGCGUCAUCGAGUUCAUCUUGCAGAAGAGGCAGAAGGAUGAUGGCCUCAUCUUCCUCGACGGCAGGAGCCGCGCGAACUGCAGGGUAAUUGAGUCCUUCGAUGCGAAGUUGGAGUCAGGAGGCACCCGCGCGUGCGUCGAGUGCUGGUUCGUGCGCGAGCUACCGGCGAAGAAGGUAGGCCCGCGGUCCGCGGCCAGGGCGUCGAGCUACACGAAUAACAACAGGGAGACGGCCAUUUUCUCGAUGCCACUCAAGGGCCCGCCGCGGGAAGUGGUGCACCGUGCGGAGUUCAACGCGUGCGGCGAGUCCUCGACCGCAGACGCGUCAUGCAGCGGUAUCCCAAUGCGGCGUUUCUCCGAGCUCCCUCGCAUGGGCCACGAGACGAAGAUGGGCAUCUUGGGGGCUUCAUCUUGCGCUAGCGUUGACGGGGGGCAACCGCGCCUGCAGGGAGACAUCGGCUCGAAGGGCCACCCGUUCUCGCACGCCGAGGUGAGGCCGCUCAGCUUGUGGCAGACUAUCGUGGAGCACCACGAAGUGACCCGCGUCGUGGACUUCACUCCAGGUUCUGGCGCUUUGGCUGUUGCUGCCUCUGGCGCAAUUGAGUGCGAAGGCAUCGCUGCCAACGAUGCGCGCCGGGACUGGCUCGAUUCCAUCGUGGACAUGUGCGUGAUGUACAAGGCGGGUCACGAGGAGGGGUACGCGGAGCACUUGGGCGGCGACACCGAGUUCGUCGAGAAAGCCAGCAAGUAUUUCAGCGGAACCAUGAUGGACGCGAAACGUCUGUUGAUGCCAGUGGCCAGGGACGGCGAGGAUGAGGGGGAGGAGGGGGAUGGCGCGAGCUCGGACGACGAGUAG